UCUCAGGUGUGUGUGUGUGGAAAGUGCCGCUCGUGUUCCCCGGCUGUUCGGACACAGAGAGAUGGCGUGUCUGCUGGAGGCCCCGCUGCGCAUCAGCGUGCUGUCCGAAGUCACAGCCACCAGUCGCCAUUAUGUUGACCGGCUCUUCGACCCCGACCCACAGAAAGUGCUGCAGGGAGUCAUUGACAUGAAGAACGCUGUCAUCGGAAACAACAAACAGAAGGCCAACCUGAUUGUGCUGGGAGCUGUGCCCAGGCUCCUGUAUUUACUCCAGCAGAGCUCCUCCAGUGCAGAGUUGAGGACAGAAUGUGCGGUGGUAUUGGGCAGCUUAGCAAUGGGCACCGAGAACAACAUCAAGUCCCUGGUGGACUGUCACAUCAUCCCAGCACUGCUACAAGGUCUUGUGUGUCCUGACCUGGUGUUCAUCGAGGCCUGCCUGCGGUGUUUAAGAACCGUGUUCAUCAGUCCUGUCACACCCGUGCAGCUACUCUACACGGACCCCACUGUGAUCCCUCAUUUAAUGUCUCUGCUGAGCCGGUCCCAGCGCACACAGGAGUACAUCACACAGAUCUUCUCACACUGCUGCAAGACUCCAGAACAUCAGACAAUUCUAUUUAACCAUGGUGCCAUUCAGAACAUCGCGCCAUUGCUCAUCUCUCCAUCCUUUAAGGUACGAAUGCAGGCGUUAAAAUGUUUCUCCGUCCUGGCGUAUGAGAACACUCAGGUGUCAAUGACUCUGGUGAAGGUGCUGGUGGACGGGGAGCUGCUCUCUCAGGUUUUUGUCCGAAUGAUGCAAAGGGAUAACCCCAUUGAAAUGCAGCUGACAGCAGCCAAAUGUUUAACAUAUAUGUGUCGAGCAGGAGCCAUCAGGACAGAUGAUAACUGUAUUGUAUUAAAGACUCUACCAUGCCUAGUGCGGAUGUGCAGUAAAGAUCGGUUAUUAGAGGAGAGGGUGGAGGGGGCGGAGACUCUGGCCUUUCUGAUGGAGCCUGAUGUGGAGCUGCAGCGGAUAGCCAGCGUUACUGACCACCUGGUGGCCAUGUUAGCAGACUACUUCAAAUACCCCAGCUCAGUCAGUGCCAUCACCGACAUCAAGAGGCUGGACCAUGACCUGAAGCAUGCUCAUGAACUUCGGCAAGCAGCCUUUAAGCUCUACGCCUCUCUGGGCUCUAACGAUGAGGACAUUAGGAAAAAGAUCACAGAGACAGAGAACAUGAUGGACAGGAUAGUGAGCGGCCUUUCCGAGUCCAGCAUAAAGGUCCGGUUAGCCGCCGUCAGAUGUCUCCACAGUUUAUCACGGUCUGUACAGCAGCUAAGAACGAGUUUCCAUGACCACGCUGUGUGGAAACCUCUAAUGAAGUUGUUACAGAACGCUCCGGACGAGGUACUGGUCAUGGCCUCUUCAACACUAUGCAAUCUACUACUGGAGUUUUCACCUAGCAAAGAGCCCAUUCUGGAGUCGGGGGUGAUCGAGUUACUAUGCAGCUUAACACAAAGCGACAGUCCUGCACUGAGGGUCAACGGCAUCUGGGCUCUUAUGAACAUGGCGUUCCAGGCGGAUCAGAAGGUGAAGGUGGAGAUCAUGAGGGCUCUUGGAACAGAGCAGCUUUUCCGGCUUCUCUCUGAUCCAGACACCAACGUGCUCAUGAAGACACUCGGCCUGCUGAGGAAUCUGCUCUCCACAAGACCGCACAUAGACCAGAUCAUGAGUUCCCAUGGGAAGCAGAUCAUGCAGGCAGUCACUCUGAUCCUGGAGGGAGAGCACAGCAUAGAGGUCAAAGAGCAGACUUUGUGUAUACUGGCUAACAUUGCUGACGGCAACACAGCCAAAGAACUCAUCAUGACCAAUGAUGACAUGCUCCAGAAAGUCAAGUACUACAUGGGUCAUUCAAACGUAAAGUUGCAGCUGGCUGCCACCUUCUGCAUCUCCAACCUGGUAUGGAACGAGGAAGACGGUUCUCAGGAAAGGCAAGACAAGUUGAGGGAAAUGGGUUUCGUAGAUAUUUUACAUAAACUCACCCAGGCUUCAGAUCCAAAUCUCUGUGACAGGGCGAAGACGGCAAUGCAGCAGUAUUUGGCAUGACACUGAGUGAGAGGCAGGGAUUCUCCUGAUCAAGCGAUGGCCUUCCAUGGAUGUUCUGUUGAGGGUUUUUUUUCUUCUUGUUUUUCAGUUUUUGGCUGUUUUUGUUUUUGUUUUGUUGCACAAGACACCUUUUGACCUGCGGAGACUCCUCAGAUGUGCCCCGUAACCUAGAGACACGGUUGCCAGGGGCAACAGCAAGCGACGGUUUGAGUUUUCAGACAUUUUUGGCUUCUGUGCUGAAUUUGUAGAAGAUUAUUUUGCUUUUUUUCCUUUUGUUUGUUUAUUUUAUUUUUUCUUCCUUUUUUGGACUUGACGUGUUUGUUUUGAAGAAAACAGACUCUAUUCUGCUUGUGCUGCAGUGCCACCUGGUGGUUUUUGGAGGCUUUGGUGCUUUGGACUCCGUCAAGAGGAGACUGAACAGUCUCGGACUGCUAAGCUAAAACAGACUAAAGGGCAGGGUCAGAAGGAGUGUCGCCUCCUUGUUUCAGUUUGCUGACUCAUUAUUGAUAUUAUAAAUAUUAUCAUAUUAAUUAUUAAUGUUGUUUUGAGAGGGGCUUUGUUUAGGAAAGACAAAGUAAAAAAAAAAAAGACUGCUUUUUUGUGGAUACAUACCUCGUAAAUAUAUAUAUAUAAAUAUAUAUAUAUAAAUAUAUAAAUAUAUUUUUCUCGAUUUAUAAUUUUCCCCCGGAUUUUCUUUUUCCUGGUGUGUUUUCCUCUAAAUGAUUAAGUUUAUUUGGAGGGGACGAGGAGAACUUGCUAGAAAAAACACAGAGUUGUGAGGACUACUUUUUUUGUAUGGGGGCAAAAUGAUCAGAAAUGCAUUAAAACAGUACAAAACAUAAUAAUAAAAAAAAUAAUGCCAUCAAAAAUCAAAGUGAAUUGAAUUAUAUUAAACUAUAUAUAUCUCUGCUUUCCCAUAUGCAGUGCUGAACCCACUUGGUUUGGCAAUUCUCAUAUUUAAUGUUAUGAUUAAUUGUGUGUUAAUUUAACUUAAUCCAUUCAUUGGUUUCUCUCAAGUCAUUUGCUUCAGACUAUUUUAAAAGCCUGUUAUAUUAAUGAAGGAAUUCUGUAAAUGUUGCCCCUUCCCCUUCAGAUCUUACAGUGAAAAACUGCCCCACCUGCACCCCCAGAAUGUGGCAGGUGUUUUUUUUUUCUUUCUUUUUUUUUGACACUCUUUAUUGUUACUGUAUUUAUUUUUCUCCAUUGGCCAGAGUCACCCCUCCCCCUCCAUUCUCUGGCAUCCAGCCCCUUUUUUGGAGCUUUAGAAUGAAUGUUUCUAUUGAAAUAUAUGCAGACCUCUGCCAUGGAGCUGC